AUGCUUGGAUGGGCCCUUGGCCUCGUCGUCACCGAGGACCCCUCCCAGCUGGAAUACCUCAAGACUCCUGAGACCAACCAUAUCUUUUGGGCCUACGCCAAAAUCAUUCCGGGCCUGGCCGCCGCCAACAUUGUCACUAAUGCUGGCGCCCUUGCCCUGAAGAUGGGUCUUGAUGUCCCCUUUGUCAACAGCCGGGAUCUCUCAAUCCCCCCCACUCACGAUGAGCUCGUGGCAGGCCUUCAGUUGGUGCUGCAAUACUCCGCCGAGAGUGGAAGAGAUUGGUAUUCUGCCGUCAACCCUACACUUCCAAUUUACGCCAUCAAGUGGGUGGUUGGCAAGGCCGCCCAGCCUUACACUGCCGAGGACUUGAAGGUCUCCCGACGAACUGUCUUCAACAUGUACAUGGCCCAGACCAUUGCUCGUCAUGCUGAGAACGCUCUUAACGCAAAGAUUGUUAUCAACGAUCCUAAUGUCACUGUUACAGUCGUCAUCAGUCCCGCUCCUGCUUCCACCGCUCCUGCCAUUUCGGAGGCUACCUCUAUGAUUCCUGUGACUUCAUCCACUCAGGACUAUCAGACCGACUCUUCUCCUGUUCCUGCUUCAUCUACAGCCGAUGCCUCUUCCACUGGCGACUCUGGCGCCUCUUCCACUGGCGGAGUCGAUGCCUCUUCCACUGGCGGAGCCGAUGCCUCUUCCACUGAUGGCUCUGGCGCCUCCACCACUGGCGGAGCCGAUGCCUCCACCACUGAUGGUUCUGGAGCCUCCACUACUGGCGGAGCCCCUGCCUCUUCCACUGGCGACUCUGGCGCCUCUUCCACUGGCGGAGCCGAUGCCUCUUCCACUGGCGGAGCCGAUGCCUCUUCCACUGAUGGCUCUGGUGCCUCCACCACUGGCGGAGCCGAUGCCUCUUCCACUGACGGCCCUGGCGCCUCCACCACUGGCGGAGCCGAUGCCUCUUCCACUGAUGGCUCUGGUGCCUCCACCACUGGCGGAGCCGAUGCCUCUUCCACUGGCGGAGCCGAUGCCUCUUCCACUGAUGGCUCUGGCGCCUCCACCACUGGCGGAGCCCCUGCCUCUUCCACUGGCGGAGCCCCUGCCUCUUCCACUGGCGGAGCCGAUGCCUCUUCCACUGGCGGAGCCCCUGCCUCUUCCACUGGCGGAGCCGAUGCCUCUUCCACUGGCGGAGCCCCUGCCUCUUCCACUGGCGGAGCCGAUGCCUCUUCCACUGGCGGAGCCCCUGCCUCUUCCACUGGCGGAGCCGAUGCCUCUUCCACUGGCGACUCUGGCGCCUCUUCCACUGGCGGAGCCGAUGCCUCUUCCACUGGCGGAGCCGAUGCCUCUUCCACUGGCGGAGCCGAUGCCUCUUCCACUGGCGGAGCCGAUGCCUCUUCCACUGGCGGAGCCGAUGCCUCUUCCACUGAUGGUUCUGGAGCCUCCACUACUGGCGGAGCCCCUGCCUCUUCCACUGGCGACUCUGGCGCCUCUUCCACUGGCGGAGCCGAUGCCUCUUCCACUGGCGGAGUCGAUGCCUCUUCCACUGGCGGAGCCGAUGCCUCUUCCACUGGCGACUCUGGCGCCUCUUCCACUGGCGGAGCCGAUGCCUCUUCCACUGGCGACUCUGGCGCCUCUUCCACUGGCGGAGCCGAUGCCUCUUCCACUGGCGGAGCCGAUGCCUCUUCCACUGGCGGAGCCGAUGCCUCUUCCACUGGCGGAGCCGAUGCCUCUUCCACUGGCGGAGCCGAUGCCUCUUCCACUGAUGGUUCUGGAGCCUCCACUACUGGCGGAGCCGAUGCCUCUUCCACUGAUGGUUCUGGAGCCUCCACUACUGGCGGCGUUCCUGCCAUUUCAACCGGUGGCUCCGGCUCUUCCACAGAUGUUGACCCUGUUACUUCCACGAAAAAGGACACAGAGACAAACACAGACGUCUCUACUGCCACCACUACCGGCGAUAACAAGGGAUCUCAGUCCGUACCUGUCACUGCCCCCUCUGCCACUUCUACUGGCGGUUAUGAUGGAUCUGAUAGCGGAAACGGUUCUGACGACAAUGAUGAUGGAAAUGGUGACGGUUCUAACGGUAACGGUUCUGACAAUGAUGGAUCUGACAACGGCAACGAUUCUGACGGUAACGGCAAUGGUUCCGAUGGAAACGGCAACGGAUCUGACGACAACGGCAACGGAUCUGACGACAACGGCAACGGAUCUGACGACAACGGCAACGGAUCUGACGGUUCCAACGGUAACGGCUCUGAUGGAAACGGCAACGGCUCUGAUGGUUCCAACGGCAACGGCUCUGAUGGUUCCAACGGCAACGGAUCUGACGACAACGGCAACGGAUCUGACGACAACGGCAACGGCAACGGAUCUGACGACAACGGUAACGGAUCUGACGACAACAGCAACGGCUCUGAUGGAAACGGCAACGGCUCUGACGGUGCCAACGGCAACGGAUCUGACGGUUCCAACGGCAACGGAUCUGACGGUUCCAACGGCAACGGAUCUGACGGUUCCAACGGUAACGGAUCUGACGGUUCCAACGGUAACGGAUCUGACGGUUCCAACGGUAACGGCUCUGACGGUUCCAACGGUAACGGAUCUGACGACAACGGCAACGGAUCUGACGGUUCCAACGGUAACGGCUCUGAUGGAAACGGCAACGGCUCUGAUGGUUCCAACGGCAACGGCUCUGAUGGUUCCAACGGCAACGGAUCUGAUGGUUCCAACGGCAACGGAUCUGACGACAACGGUAACGGAUCUGACGACAACGGCAACGGCUCUGAUGGAAACGGCAACGGCUCUGACGGUUCCAACGGCAACGGCUCUGAUGGAAACGGCAACGGCUCUGACGGUUCCAACGGCAACGGCUCUGAUGGUUCCAACGGCAACGGAUCUGACGGUUCCAACGGCAACGGCUCUGACGGUUCCAACGGCAACGGCUCUGACGGUUCCAACGGCAACGGCUCUGACGGUUCCAACGGCAACGGCUCUGACGGUUCCAACGGCAACGGCUCUGACGGUUCCAACGGCAACGGCUCUGACGGUUCCAACAGCAACGGCUCUGACGGUUCCAACGGCAACGGCUCUGAUGGUUCCAACGGUAACGGCUCUGACGGAAACGGUAACGGAUCUGAUGGAAACAAUUCCAAUGGAUCAGACUCUGGAGCAAGCAACGGCGUUGAUUCCAAGCCCCAGUCCACCCUCAGAGUUGACAGCACUGCCGGACCUUCUGAUAUCCCUCAGUCUCCCCAGGCCACUGGAUCUGCUGACCACCCUGCCCAGGCCAAUGGAGCCUCUAAGCUGGUUGUCGGUGGCUUCGCUGCUCUUCCCCUGUUCGCUGCUCUUCUGUAA